AUGGCUACAUCCGGACAUGACACUGGACCCAACGUCCAAAGAGUAGAAAGCAGUCGCUUCAUGUUGAUGGAGAACAAAACCAAUCAAGAGAAGAUUGUACAGAAGAGGAAGUCGAGUUGCGCCAGGCUGGAAACGGAGUUCAAGAAGGCCCAAGAUGCAUGUAUUGCAGAAGAAAAAAAGCUUUCCGACAUUUGCGGAAGACUAGCGAGUACCGAAGACGAGUUGAAGGCCGCUCAGCUCUUGGACGCGAUCUCACACAUGUUGCUGCAAAGGACGCUCUCCCUGAACGCUGAGCGGGCGAUGCUGAACAACUCAACAUCCACUCAUGAUCAGACAAAGAGAGGAGUCAGUGAACAGGACUCCGAGGAUAAUGCCGGAGAUGAAUCUCCCGCUACUGAAGACAUCGAGUUGGAGAGCAUCGGCGACGAGGCAGAAAAAUCUGAGGAAAACGAAGAUGCUACACCAUCUGAGGAAGUGCCCAAUACACCUCCUUCCAGCCAAGCCCGGAAGCGCACCCACUCCACAGGAGGCGCCGGGCAGAAGACACCUCAAAAACGCGUCAGGCCAUCCAGAUCUCAAUGUGCCAAAAAGAAGGUUCGCUUCUUUAGCCCGUUAGUUACGUUUGACGAGAGGAUUGAAGAUUUACGCGACGAUCAGGACGAUGGUUCCACGGCCUCCACGUAA